AUGACUGAGGAAGACUUCGAUAAGCAACUUAGAAAGGCUUUCCAAGAACUACAAUCCCAAAUUCUAGAAAGUAGGGAGAAACAGAAGAAUGCCGACGUUACAAAAGCUGCGAUGAAACAAAACAUAAGAGUGGCAGAGAUUGUCAAGUCACAAUUGGAACACCUCCCUAAAGAUGAGGAUCGUGCUCUUUAUUGGAUUGUUGGUCGUGCGUUCUUACAAGAGACAACGACUUCAGAGAUUCAACGCCAGAAUGCUGACAUCAAACUGUGCAACGAGCGUAUAACUUUAAUGGAUAGGCAGAAGGACUACUUGGCCAAAAGCAUUGCCGAUUCUGAGAAGAACUUGCGUGAGCUCAUUCAGACGAGAUGUUGA